GUGAUGACGAAUUUGGAGUGUAUCCUCGUGGGAUCUGGAGUGACGUCUUCACAGAAGCCACUCGAUUAAGUCUUCUUGACCAGCCCUUCUCCUCCAGUCGUUUUAUAGGACUUGGUCUUAAAUGAGAGAAGCUCACACAGCCAAGCAGUCAGUGUCAGUGGGAGAGCUGUAGAAGCGCUGCUGUAACUUCACUCAAGCACUACACCAGCCUUGCAGGAGACUUGCCGAGAGUUUCAGCACCUCGGAUAGCAGCCGGUCCAGCACUGUGCAUCUGGAGUACACUGAAACUGCCCUGUCUUUUGGACACGCAGGGUACUGAGAGGGACUGCAGCAAUUCACUGGCUGGACUAAUGGAGCAUAGAAAUACUUUCCACUUCCUGGUGUCUUUUACACUUUUCAGUGUUUUAUAUUUCCCUGCAUUGGCAUUACCGCCCUUAGGGACUUAUUCUAAUAGCAGGUUGGGAAACCGAUUGCCUUUUGAGGGAGCUGGAGAACCUGAUCAGACUCAGGUAUCAUUAAAACCAGAUUCAGAAAUGUUACAGAACACCCUACCAGACAAUGACAAGUUCUUUCUUGAUAUGUCCAGAGCUGUUGGCAGAACUUCCAGACAUGCAGAUGGUCUCUUUACAAGUGGGUACAGCAAGCUUUUGGGACAGCUUUCUGCAAGAAAAUAUUUAGAAUCUCUAAUUGGCAAAAGAGUAAGCAACAAUGUCGUGGAAGAACAGGCCCCAGUAAAACGGCACUCAGAUGCAGUUUUCACUGAUAACUACAGUCGCUUUAGAAAACAGAUGGCUGUAAAGAAGUACCUGAAUUCAGUCCUUACAGGAAAAAGAAGUCAAGAAGAGAUUAAUCCUGCAAGCCUUCGAGAGGAUGCUGAUUUAAGUCAGCCGCCAUUUUCAGAAAAUUAUGACGAUGCCACCAUUGAUGAGUUGAUCAACCACCUCCCAUUGAACCUUUGAAAAAGACCAUUUGGCUGUUUAAUCACAAGAACACGUUUACUAUAUUUUUGAGUUUGACAUAGUAUUUAAAACACAGAUGACUUCAGUAUUCAAACCAAAACAAAUAAUGUUGUGAGGUGAAAAUUGUGAAGAACAAAAUAUGUUUCUUAUAUUUAAAAGUUGACGUUUACACUGUAAAUAUUACUUUAGAGAUCUCUACCUACAAUUGUAUAUAGCUGUUUACUCCUUUUAUCAUGGAAAUCAUGUGAUUUCAUAUGCUUCAAACCCUUGACUUCAAUAAAUGCAUUGAAAAGAUGAAUAUGAAAAAUGAGGACAAUGUUAAACUUUUUAGGACGAAAUAUAACAGGGGUAACAAAUUUCAAAGAUGUUCAGUUUGCUAUCCACUAACUAAUUGCAUUUGGAUUACAGUGCCAUGACCUAAACUGAUUUAUCAAUACAAAAUAAGGAAAAUCUAUUUUAGAGGGAAUAAAAAUCACACAUUACAUUGUUCAUAAUCACAUUAUUGCACUUUUUUCACAAAUUGUACUUUAUCCUUUAUUUUUUGUAAAAUUUAGAUAACUUAAAUCAAUUUAAAAGGCUGAAUGUAUCCAUCAUUUCAAUGUUUUAUUUGAGUGAUGAAUUAAGGAUUUUGAAAGGUUAAGACAUGCCUAAAGGAAGAUGAAGGAUAGAGAUUUAUUUAAUGUAAAAAAAAUGAUCUACAACAUAAAUAUUCAAAAAAAUUAAUUGUGUAUAUCUUUGCUGAUGACAGCAUUACUUAUAUAUAAAGUGGAUACUGGGAAAUUAUAAUAUUUUUUC